AUGUUGGACCCCCCAGAGCGGGUCUUCCUGGUUCUGAUUCUCAUUCAGUUCCUCCUGGGAAUGCUGAGCAAUGGUUUCAUCGGGUUGGUCAAUGGCAUCAGCUGGUUCAAGAGCAAGAGACUCUCUUUGCCUGACUUCAUCAUCACGAUGCUGGCCCUCUCUAGGAUGAUCAUCUUGUGGAUUCUCCUGACCGAUGGGCUUUUAAUGUUAUUUUUCUAUAGCGUACAUGAAGAUGGCUUAGGGAUGCAAAUGAUCGAUAUUUCCUGGACAUUUACAAACCAUCUGAGCAUUUGGCUUGCCACCUGCCUCAGUGUCUUCUACUGCCUGAAAAUCGCCAACUUCUCCCACCCGACCUUCCUCUGGCUCAAGUGGAGAGUGUCCAGGAUGGUGGUGGGGAUGCUGCUGGCUGCGGUGCUCCUGUCCUGCGCCAGCGCCUUGUCUCUGAUCCACGAAUUCAAGAUCUAUGCCCUUCUCCGUGAACCCGACGGCAGAGGGAAUGUGACUGAGCACUUCAGGACGAAAAGCGAUUAUGAAUUGUUCCAUAUUCUUGGGAAUCUGUGGGGCGUGCCUCCCCUCCUCGUGUCUCUGGCCUCCUACCUCCUGCUCCUGCUCUCGCUGGGGAGGCACACGCGGCAGAUGCAGCAGCUCAGCGGCCGCCCCAGGGACCCGAGCACUGAGGCCCACAAGAAGGCCAUCAGGAUCAUCCUCUCCUUCUGUGCUCUCUUCCUGCUCUAUUAUCUUUCCUUUUUGACCACGUAUUCCAGUCAUUUCCUACCGGCAACGAAGAUGAGCGCGAUGGUCGGAGAAGCAAUUACAAUGUUUUAUCCGGCUGGCCACUCAGUUAUUCUGAUCAUGAGCAACAGCAAACUGAAGCAGACGUUGGUGCAGAUGCUCUGGUCUGAGCCGGGCCCCCGGAAGCCUGGCUCCAAGGGAUGCCCUGCCCCCUCGAGGCGGAGAGGUUACGGCGGAGAUCCCGAGAGUCUUUCAGACUAA